AUGACCCGAAUAGGGGAUUUCCUAGGGGCUCCCAGAGCACAAGUUCGACAGACUCCCCCACCUCCACCUCGACCAGAAACCCCAGUCCGACAUGAGGAGUUGUUCGACGAAAUGAUUGACCAAGAACACCAGGUGGUCGAACCAAUACCCAGGGUGGCCCAACGGCCUCCAGUUGUGUUAGUCAAUAGAAAUCAAGAUCUCGACCAUGUGGUCAGGCAGGUUCGACAAGAUGCAAUGGUUGGGGAACAAAAUUUAGAGCCCAUUGUCGGACGAAUCAUAGUUCGAAAUGGGGUAAACUUGGGCCUUCAAAGGCCAACAUAUUCGUCUCUAUUACCAGAUUUUGUUUUACAAAUAGAAUUACCUUGGGGAUGGAAGGUUCCAAAGUUCACCAAGUUCGCCGGAGACACUGAAGAUUCCACUAUCAAACAUGUUGCUAGAUAUCAAAAUGAAGCUGGUGACAUAGCAAACAAUAAGGACUUAAAAUUAAAAUAUUUCCCAAGUUCCCUCACAAAGAAUGUGUUCACUUGGUUUACGAUGCUACCUCCACAAUAUGUCCAUACGUGGACGCAAUUAGAGAGAUUGUUCCAUGAAUAG